AUGCCUCGUUUGCCGUGUAUUUACUCAGACUUCUUCUAUGGCCCUCUGACUGAAGAUGUGGAGGAGCUACUGGGGCGCUUCCAGCAGAUAGACUCGGUCAGGUAUGAGGAUUUUUCAGCCCUCUGGAGAGAGAUGGGCUUCUCCGAUCUCUUCAUUGGCACCAUCAAUGCGGGUGAACUGAAGCGGCUCUGCAGGGUGACUCUGGCCACAGCUGUAAAGUACUUCCUACCUCCAUACAGCUACCAGAUCCGAGUGGGGGGCUUGUACCUGAUGUUUGGUUUCUACCACACGCAGCUUGCUGAACCACCUGUGAUGAUCCGGCUCGCUCUGAGGGACUGGACCCACGUGCAAGCCUUCCUCAAGGAAUCUGUAGAAUCCGGCCAUCUUGAUGUAGUUUAUAUCUACAAGAAGCUUGUGGCAUCCAAAGCCAUCCACUACACGGCCAUGCCGCAUUUUCUGACCUUCCAGAAGCAGCAGAAGCCAAAGAAGGAACAUGUGUGCCCUGAGUUUCUGAGCAGGACAACCGCGGUGCGCGAGCUCAUCACUGCAGACACCCUGGAGGAGAUAGCCAACCUCCAGAGCCUGUACGAGAAGCUGAAGGAGACCACCAAGGAGGUGGGUUCCCAGAUCACCAUGACCCACAGAGACUUCACCUCAGGCCUCAGAGACUGCAUGUCAGAGUUCAUCACCUGGCAGAACAAAACUUUCACCUCAGAGCUACUCAAAGACAAGAAGGAAAGAGAUGAAGAAGAGGAGGAGGAAGAAGAGGACGAAGAAAAUGAGAAGGAAUCCUGCAGCAAAAGAGCGAGGCUUCUGUCCUCCAUCAAGCAGAAGAGCUACAGCAAUGUUCAGAAGGCGCCCAAAUCCAGGAGGCACCGGCAGGGUGAGCCAGCGGACUCGUCCAGUUCGGGGCCUGAGCAGGUCCAGCGGGUCCCACAGAAAAAAAGACCUCCUUCUCUCCGGGCCCGGACCCGGAAGAACCUCAGGGUGAAACAGGAGGACAGCAACCUGCCACCCUGGCUCCUGAGUGCUCCUGAGCUGGAGGACGGAGUGGCAGUGAGGAGGACCAACCAGGCAGAGCCCUACAGGAUGUGA